AUGUCUUCUGGAAACGGCCCAAGUGAUGGUCCUUUCAACGAAAAGGGCGCCCAUGCAGUGACUGGCCCUCAACCUCAACGCACUGGAUCCGUCGAUAACAAUGACAUUCGUCGUGGAUCCCGAAAGGGAUCUCUGGUGGCGUCACUCAAGGCCGGAUAUGGCAUGGCAGAGCCAGAGGUGUCUGACGAGGAGAGUAUCAAGCACGGUGUUGAUAUGACGCACCGGAACCUGAAGGCGCGACACAUCCAGCUUAUCGGCAUUGGUGGCACUAUCGGCACAGCUCUCUUUGUCCAAAUCGGCAGAGGUUUGAUCAACGGUGGCCCAGCAUCUCUGUUCCUGGCUUUCACCAUUUGGUGCACGUUCAUCCUUGCGGUCACGAACUGUGUCGCUGAAAUGGUGACUUAUUUACCAAUCUCGUCACCGUUCAUUCGAUUUGCCGAUCGCUAUGUGGACGAAGCUUUCGGCGUAGCUGCUGGGUACAACUUCUACCUUUUCGAGGCGUUCCUGGUCCCAUUCGAGAUCGUCGCAUGCAACUUCAUAAUACAGUUCUGGACCGAUGUCAUUCCCACUGGCGCUGUCAUUGCAGCGAUCAUCCUUGCUUAUGCUGCUGCAAACUUGUUCGCAGUCAAGUACUAUGGCGAAACAGAGUUCUGGCUGGCGUUAGGCAAGAUGCUGCUCAUCGUAGGACUGAUCUGCUACACAUUCGUCGUUAUGCUUGGCGGCAAUCCUCUCAAUGACCGCUUUGGGUUCCGAUACUGGAAGAAUCCUGGCUCUUUCACAGAGCUUUACUAUGACGGCUCACUUGGGCGCUUCCUGGGCUUCCUACAGUGUUUGAUCCAGGCGUCCUUUACCAUCGCCGGUCCUGACUACGUGGCCAUGGCAGCGGGUGAAGCCGAGAACCCUCGCUAUGUUAUGCCACGUGCAUUCAAGGCUGUCUUCUAUCGACUGAUGUUCUUCUUCGUCAUCGGAUCUCUCUGCGUCGGCAUCGUGGUCCCAUACAGUGAUGAACAGAUGGUCGCGGCUUUCAAGAACGGCGAGCCUGGUGCUGCUGGGUCACCAUAUGUUGCGUCUAUGACCCGGCUCAGGAUCCCUGUCCUGCCGCACAUUGUCAACGCUAUGGUCCUCACCAGUGCCUUCUCCGCUGGCAACAGCUACUGCUAUUGCGCAAGUCGAAGUCUCUACGGUAUGGCACUCGAGGGCAAAGCUCCCAAGAUCUUCACACGCUGCACCAGAAACGGCGUUCCGAUCUACGCUGUAGCCUCGGUCUUGCUCAUCUCACUGCUGUCGUUCUUGCAACUCAACAGCGGCUCUGCUACCGUGCUCAACUGGUUUGUCAGUCUGAUCACCGCAUCCCAGCUCAUCAACUUCUCGGUGAUGACGUUCACUUUCCUCCGCUGGAAGAAAGCCUGCGAAGCGCAGGGUCUCGAUCGCAACAGCCUCGUCUACACUGCUUGGUGGUCGCCAUUCACUGCGUACUACGCGCUUACAGCGACCAUGGUCAUGACAUUCGUUGGCGGCUACACGGUCUUCCUUCCCGGGUUCUGGGACAUUCCGACUUUCCUGUUCAGCUACACUAUGGUCGGCGUCUUUCCUGUGCUCUUCGUUGGCUGGAAACUCAUCAAGAAGACCAAAUGGCGUGCACCUCAUGAGGUCGAGCUGCGUCCAAAGGAGUGGCAUGAGGUGAAUGAGUAUGAGGCGCAGUAUGUUUAUAAGCCACCGAAGAGCAAGAUCGUAUACUACUGGGACAAGAUCUUCUCAUAG